UCUUCCCUUGAUAAAGUUUGCAGUGCAGUCUAGGGUUUUCCAAGAUACGGAUGCUUUUGGUAACUGUGACAGUGGAAAAGAAAAAUGUUGGUUCAGCUCCCUCGGUUGACAAAUUCUUUGAGGGAACCCUUCGACAUCGACCAAGCUUAUCUCCAGCGCAAGAUUUUCCUUCAAAGCCACAACAAAGCUACCAAUGGAGACCAUCUUGAUGAGUCAGAUCUUGCAAGGAAGAUAGUUCAUCAAUGGGAAGAAGCUUCAGUAGAAGUGAGACAACUAUACAAACAGUUUAUUGGGGCAGUGGUUGAGCUGAUUGAUGGAGAGUUGCUGCCUGAAGGGUUUCGUGAGGUUGCAUUGACUGCUUACCGUAUUUUUAGUGGGACAGUGGAAGGUGAUGAAGUUGAUAAAAAUAUCAAUGAGAAGAAGGUGGAAUUGCAGAAAGUUAUUGGUCAUGGAGUUUCAUAUGAUAAUGUUCGGAAAGUGGCCUGUUUGGUGCAAAAGCUUUCUCAGUCUCAACCAAGAGACAGUGGGGACACGCUUGUUUCGGAGAAGCAUGUAAAUGGAAGUGAUGAUGGUUCAGAAUUUGGAGCUGACCUUGUCUUUAAAGCACCAGCCAGGUUUCUGGUGGAUGUUUCUGUGGAGGAUGUGGAGUUACUGGGUGAGGAAAACGCUGCACCUUCUUCUUCAUUUGUUGAAGGAUGGUAUGAUAAAAAUGGCACUAUUAAUUAUCACAAUGCUGCUGAUAGUGUAAACUUCAACUUGAGUUGGUUAAGAGAUUCCUGUGAACGGAUAGUCAGAGGGAGUACUUCACAACUUUCACGAGAUGACCUGGCAAUGGCUAUCUGUCGAGUACUUGAUUCCGACAAAGCUGGUGAAGAGAUAGCUGGUGACUUAUUGGACCUUGUUGGGGAUAGUGCAUUUGAAACCAUUCAAGACCUUAUAUCGCACCGAAAGGAGCUUGUUGAUGCUAUCCAUCAUGGAUUAUCAGUACUGAAAUCUGACAAAGUGAAUCCAAAUUCUCAAUCACGCAUGCCCACCUAUGGGACUCAGGUUACUGUCCAAACAGAGUCUGAGAAGCGAAUUGAUAAACUACGGCGCAAGGAGGAAAAGCGUCAUAGACGUGGAACUGAUUAUGGAGCUGAGAGUGAUAUGUCAGCUGCAAGCUUUUCUUCUUUACUUGAAGCAAGUGAGAGGAAAAGUCCUUUUGAUGAGUUGAUUGGGUCUGGUCAAGGGCCCUAUUCUCUGGCAGUAACUGCCCUUCCACAAGGGACCAUGAGGAAGCAUUUUAAGGGGUAUGAGGAGGUCAUUAUUCCCCCAACACCAACUGCUCAAAUGAAACCUGGGGAAAAGCUGAUUGAGAUAAAGGAGUUGGAUGACUUUGCUCAAGCUGCUUUCCGGGGGUACAAGUCUCUGAAUCGUAUUCAGAGUCGGAUAUUUCAAACUGUUUAUUACACUAAUGAGAAUAUAUUAGUUUGUGCACCAACCGGAGCAGGCAAGACAAAUAUAGCCAUGAUAUCUAUUCUACACGAGAUUGGACAGCAUUUCAAGGAUGGCUACUUGCAUAAAGAUGAAUUUAAGAUAGUUUAUGUUGCCCCGAUGAAGGCACUAGCUGCUGAGGUCACAUCGGCAUUUAGCCAUCGCUUAUCUCCAUUGAAUAUGUGUGUGAGAGAACUUACCGGAGACAUGCAACUUUCUAAGAAUGAACUUGAAGAAACUCAGAUGAUAGUUACAACCCCUGAGAAAUGGGAUGUUAUUACUCGCAAAAGUAGUGACAUGUCACUCUCAAUGUUGGUGAAGCUCCUGAUUAUUGAUGAAGUUCAUCUUCUGAAUGAUGAUAGAGGUCCAGUGAUAGAAGCACUAGUAGCUAGAACUCUUCGUCAGGUGGAGUCAACACAGACAAUGAUACGAAUUGUGGGCCUCUCAGCUACUCUACCUAAUUAUUUAGAGGUUGCACAGUUCCUUAGAGUGAAUCCAGAGACUGGCCUUUUUUUCUUUGAUUCUAGUUACCGUCCAGUUCCUCUUUCACAACAAUAUAUUGGAAUUAGUGAGCAGAACUUUGUUGCUCGGAAUGAAUUGUUGAAUGAAAUAUGCUAUAAGAAGGUUGUUGAUUCCUUAAGGCAAGGUCAUCAGGCAAUGGUGUUUGUUCAUUCACGGAAGGAUACUGCAAAAACAGCUGAGAAGCUGGUUGAGCUUGCUCGAAAGUAUGAAGAUCUUGAGCUUUUCGAGAAUGAUGCCCAUCCCCAGUUUUCCUUAAUCAAGAAGGAAGUUGUUAAGUCAAGAAACAAAGAUCUUGUCCAGCUUUUUGAAUUCGGGGUUGGUGUGCAUCAUGCUGGCAUGUUACGUGCUGAUAGAGGGCUUACUGAGAGGCUUUUUUCUGAUGGAAUCUUGAAGGUACUUGUUUGCACAGCUACUUUGGCCUGGGGUGUUAAUCUGCCUGCUCAUACAGUUGUCAUCAAGGGGACUCAAUUAUAUGACCCAAAGGCUGGUGGGUGGCGAGACCUAGGCAUGCUUGAUGUUAUGCAGAUAUUUGGGAGGGCAGGUCGACCACAGUUUGACAAAAGUGGUGAGGGCAUUAUAAUUACAUCUCAUGACAAACUAGCCUACUAUCUCCGAUUGCUGACAAGUCAGCUCCCUAUAGAAAGUCAGUUUAUUAGCUCGUUGAAAGAUAAUUUAAAUGCAGAGGUGGCAUUGGGUACUGUAACUAAUGUCAAGGAGGCUUGCGCAUGGCUUGGGUACACCUAUCUAUUUAUCAGGAUGAGGUUGAAUCCGCUGGCAUAUGGCAUUGGAUGGGAUGAGGUUAUAGCAGAUCCUUCUUUGAGUUUAAAGCAAAGAGCUCUAGUGGCAGAUGCAGCACGUGCACUAGACAAAGCUAAAAUGAUGCGUUUUGACGAGAAAAGUGGGAAUUUCUAUUGUACAGAGCUUGGUCGUAUUGCAAGUCACUUCUACAUUCAAUAUUCUAGUGUUGAAACUUACAAUGAAAUGCUGAGACGCCAUAUGAAUGAUAGUGAAGUAAUUGAAAUGGUUGCCCAUUCUUCUGAAUUUGAAAACAUUGUUGUUCGAGACGAGGAGCAGAAUGAAUUAGAGAUGCUGGCACGCACGUCAUGCCCAUUGGAAGUUAAGGGCGGUCCUUCAAACAAACAUGGAAAAAUUUCAAUUCUCAUUCAGCUAUACAUAUCGCGUGGCUCCAUUGAUACUUUUUCAUUAGUAUCUGAUGCUGCCUAUAUAAGUGCUAGUUUGGCUCGUAUCAUGCGUGCUUUAUUUGAAAUAUGCUUGCGCAGCGGCUGGUGUGAGAUGUCAUUAUUCAUGUUGGAAUAUUGCAAGGCCGUGGAUCGCCAAAUUUGGCCCCAUCAACAUCCUCUCAGACAAUUUGAUAAGGAUCUUUCACCAGAAAUAUUGAGGAAGCUUGAAGAACGAGGGGCUGAUUUAGAUCGCCUUCAUGAGAUGGAAGAAAAAGACAUUGGUGCUCUGAUUCGUUAUGGACCUGGAGGAAGGUUGGUUAAGCAAUAUUUAGGAUAUUUCCCUUGGAUCCAGUUAUCAGCUACGGUUAGUCCAAUAACAAGGACUGUUUUAAAGGUGGAUUUGGUUAUAUCUCCUGACUUUAUUUGGAAAGAUCGUUUUCAUGGUGCUGCACAGCGUUGGUGGAUGCUUGUUGAGGACUCUGAGAAUGACCACAUCUACCACUCAGAACUUUUUACACUGACGAAGAAGAUGGCUAGAGGAGAAUCUCAGAAGCUGUCCUUUACUGUGCCGAUAUUUGAACCACACCCUCCACAGUACUUCAUUCGUGCUGUUUCUGAUUCAUGGUUGUAUGCGGAGGCUUUCUACACUAUAUCAUUCCAUAAUCUAGCACUGCCAGAGGCACGUACCACUCAUACAGAGCUUCUUGAUUUAAAGCCUCUGCCUGUAACUUCACUUGGCAACUGCACAUAUGAGUCCUUGUAUAACUUUUCACAUUUUAAUCCAAUACAAACGCAGAUCUUUCAUGUCCUGUAUCACACAGAUAAUAAUGUUCUAUUAGGAGCUCCUACUGGUAGUGGGAAAACCAUUUCUGCUGAACUUGCUAUGCUUCGCCUGUUCAAUACUCAGCCUGAUAUGAAGGUUAUCUACAUAGCACCUUUGAAGGCCAUCGUACGGGAAAGGAUGCAGGAUUGGAGGAAGCGUCUUGUCUCUCAGCUUGGGAAAGAGAUGGUUGAAAUGACUGGGGAUUAUACUCCUGAUUUGAUGGCCCUUUUGUCAGCUGAUAUAAUUAUAUCUACUCCGGAGAAGUGGGAUGGUAUUAGUCGGAAUUGGCAUAGUCGAAGCUAUGUCACAAAGGUUGGUCUUAUGAUAUUGGAUGAGAUUCACUUACUGGGAACUGAUCGUGGACCUAUCCUUGAGGUUAUUGUUUCAAGGAUGAGGUACAUAUCAUCACAAACAGAGCGUGCAGUACGCUUUGUUGGCCUUUCUACAGCUUUGGCAAAUGCAGGUGAUUUGGCUGAUUGGUUGGGUGUUGGUGAAAUUGGACUCUUCAAUUUUAAACCAAGUGUGAGACCUGUACCUCUUGAAGUUCAUAUCCAGGGAUAUCCUGGAAAGUACUACUGCCCAAGGAUGAAUAGCAUGAACAAACCAGCCUAUGCUGCAAUAUGCACCCAUUCACCAACAAAACCAGUCCUUAUUUUUGUUUCAUCUCGGCGUCAGACAAGGCUCACUGCUUUGGACCUUAUUCAGUUUGCAGCAUCAGAUGAAAAUCCGAGGCAAUUUUUGAGCAUGCCAGAAGAAGCUCUGCAGAUGGUGCUUUCCCAGGUCACUGAUCAGAACCUGAGGCACACUUUACAGUUUGGCAUUGGGUUGCAUCAUGCUGGACUGAAUGACAAGGAUAGAUCUCUGGUUGAGGAACUUUUCGCAAACAACAAGAUUCAGGUUUUGGUUUGUACAAGCACAUUGGCGUGGGGUGUAAAUCUUCCAGCCCAUUUGGUAAUCAUAAAGGGAACAGAGUAUUAUGAUGGGAAAACAAAAAGAUAUGUCGAUUUCCCUAUUACAGAUAUUUUGCAAAUGAUGGGCCGUGCAGGUCGUCCACAAUAUGAUCAACAUGGGAAGGCAGUCAUUCUUGUUCAUGAACCCAAAAAGAGCUUCUACAAAAAGUUUCUAUAUGAACCAUUUCCAGUUGAGAGUAGCCUGAGGGAGCAGUUGCAUGAUCAUAUCAACGCAGAGAUUGUUUCCAGAACUAUUUGCCAUAAAGAAGAUGCUGUGCAUUAUCUUUCUUGGACCUACUUAUUCCGCAGACUGAUGGUUAAUCCAGCCUACUAUGGCUUGGAGAGCGCAAAAGAUGAAACACUAAGUUCUUACUUGUCCAGAUUGGUGCAUAGCACCUUUGAGGAUCUGGAAGAUAGUGGGUGCACUAAGAUGACUGAGGACAAUGUAGAGCCUAUGAUGUUGGGUACAAUGGCAUCUCAGUAUUACCUUAGCUACAUGACUGUAUCAAUGUUUGGGUCAAACAUUGGGCCAGAUACAUCUCUUGAAGUGUUUUUGCACAUUUUGUCUGGUGCUUCUGAGUAUAAUGAACUUCCUGUGCGGCAUAAUGAGGAAAAUUAUAAUGAAGCAUUAUCUAAGAGAGUCCGGUAUAUGGUGGAUCAGAAUCACCUUGAUGAUCCACAUGUCAAAGCAAACCUUCUCUUUCAGGCACAUUUUUCCCAGUUAGAUUUACCAAUCAGUGACUAUGUCACUGACUUAAAGUCAGUGUUGGAUCAAAGCAUACGCAUCAUUCAAGCCAUGAUAGAUAUAUGUGCCAACAGUGGAUGGCUUACAAGCUCGAUUGCUUGCAUGCAUCUUUUGCAGAUGGUCAUGCAGGGUUUGUGGUUUGAUCAGGAUUCUGGCUUGUGGAUGUUGCCAUGCAUGAAUAAUGAACUUGCUGGUGCAUUGAGCAAGAGAGGAAUUUUCAGUGUGCAGCAACUAUUAGAUCUUCCUAAGGCAACAUUGCAGACUGUGAUCGGAAAUUUUCCUGCUUCAAAAUUAUGUCAGGAUCUGCAGUAUUUCCCCCAUAUACAAAUGAAAUUAAAACUGCUGAAGAAGGGCACAGAGAGUGAAAAGUCUCUCCAACUGAACAUUAGAUUGGAGAAGACAAAUUUAAGGCGGAAUGCAUCAAGGGCAUUUGCUCCUCGAUUCCCUAAGCUUAAAGAUGAAGCAUGGUGGCUGAUUCUUGGUAACACCUCUACUUCUGAAUUAUAUGCUCUGAAGAGAGUUUCUUUCUCUGAUCGCUUAGUUACCCACAUGGAGUUACCAUCAGAUGUGACGACGUUUCAGGGGAUGAAACUGAUUGUAGUUUCAGAUUGCUAUCUUGGUUUUGAACAAGAACAUUCCAUUGAAAAUCUUGCUGCACAAUGCUUGGAAGUUGGAACCAAGACCGUUUAAGAUUCAUCAAAUUCACCAUCUAGAGAAAAUCGGCAGGGCCGAUAUAUGGAGAAACACUCUCCUUAUCUCUCAGGGCAUACUAUAAUAGUCCUUUUAUUGGGACUUUCUAUCCAACUUUAGUUGACAAGCCUCCGACAGUGCCAGAUGAUAGAUACCUGAAGUUUAUGAAAGUUAAGUAUAGCAUUAUAUAUAUGUAAAGAAAUUUUUGCCGCAGUUUGUAUAGGUGUUGCCAGGCAAAAGGUAAGCAAACUUAACUGAUGCGUAAUACUCCAUGGCCAUGUUUGAUACUUGAAAAUCUUAGAUGUGUUCCAAUCUUGAAUGUGCCUUCGAAUUUUUA